AAGCACCAACUUUCCUACAUGUAACUGAUUACACAACAACUUUUGAAUUUUGGCAUGUCAACAUUCAACUCUUUAGUUAGUUUGGUUUUAGUUUGCAAGAGAACUGAAAUUUUGUCAGUGUAAUUUAAGUUGAUGUAAUUGUUUAAUGUUAAAAACUUCCUCUUGUCCCAGCUAAACUAUAAAUUAGCCAUUUGUAGGUUGAUUUCCACAAAAAGUGUGAACUCUGUUUUGAGCGUUCAAACCAAUCUGACAUAAAAACAUUGGCUCAACCGAUAGCGUGAGUUUGUUGGAUGGUAGGAUUUUUUAUUAUAAAUUGUUUUUUUUUGUUGUUGUUUUUUUUAAAUUGGUGAUACUAGCGCCACAAAAAUCCCACAUUUAGAGUAACACUAUAACUAGUGUUUUUACUAGCUCUCAAUUCAAUUCAGAUUCGAUAUCAAUUCAUAUGGGAAUAUUUCAGUUAUAAUGUCCUUUUGCUUACAUAUGAAAGAAAUUCUCUUCCAGCUGUUAAUUAUACAGGGGACCUUCUUGCUAGGUACAUUAUGUAAAUAUUUAUUUUACUAAUAUUUUUUUUAGUUUUCCAUCAUUUUGGUCACAUUUUAACUUUUAUAAUUGAACAAAUCCAUGUAUUUAAUCAAUAAAUAUGAUCUUGUAUUGCAUAUAUUUGUUACAUGUUUAUUUAAUUGCAUAAUUUGUACUAUUUACAGGUAUUUAUAUUGAUUUGUUAAAUGCAAACAAAUGGCUUUACCUCAUCUGUGCUAUUUAUGGUUAGAAUUAAAUGUUUCUUUUUUUUGUUUUUGAUUACCAACUGACUGUGGAGAACAGAAAGGGUAUUAAAAGACACAUUAUUCAAUGACAAAUGGGUUGCAUGUAUCUUGUCUUUGGUCACGCAUUACAAAGGAACUUUGUAAUGUUUUUACUCCCAACACGCAGUGAUAGCAUCUUGCUGCUGAAUACUUCACUAUACUACACAAUCACUGGAAUUGGCAGAUGAACUGGCUUUGGUGGAUGUUGUGGAGGACAGACUGAAGGGCGAGAUGUUGGAUCUGCAACACGGCAGCCUUUUCCUUAAGACCCCAAAGAUUGUUGCCGACAAGGACUACUCGGUGACCGCUAACUCCCGUAUCGUCGUUGUGACGGCCGGAGUGCGUCAGCAGGAGGGUGAGAGCAGACUGAACCUGGUGCAGAGGAACGUCAACAUUUUCAAACACAUCAUCCCUCAGAUUGUCAAAUACAGCCCUGACUGCACUCUCAUUGUGGUGUCCAAUCCAGUCGAUGUUCUGACUUAUGUGACCUGGAAGCUGAGUGGUCUGCCAAAGCACCGUGUCAUCGGUAGCGGAACCAACCUGGACUCCGCCCGUUUUCGCCACAUCAUGGCAGAGAAACUGGGCAUCCACUCCAGCAGCUUCAAUGGCUACAUCCUGGGAGAGCAUGGAGACUCCAGCGUGCCUGUAUGGAGUGGAGCAAAUGUGGCUGGAGUCAGCCUGCAGAAACUCAACCCUGAUAUUGGCACAGAUAAAGAUGCUGAGAACUGGAAAGAAGCUCACAAGAUGGUUGUAGACAGUGCUUAUGAGGUGAUCAAGCUGAAGGGAUACACCAACUGGGCCAUCGGCCUUAGUGUGGCUGACCUGACCGAGAGCUUGGUGAAGAACCUGAGCAGGGUCCACCCUGUUUCCACCAUGGUGAAAGGCAUGUAUGGUAUCAGUGAGGAGGUGUACCUGAGCCUGCCUUGUGUGCUCAACAGCAGCGGAGUGGGCAGUGUCAUCAACAUGACCCUGACUGACGAAGAAAUCGCUCAGCUCAAGAAGAGCGCAGAUACUCUUUGGGGCAUCCAAAAAGACCUGAAGGACCUGUAGAACAUCCGCAGAGGGCACAACACGCUCUCUGGUCCAUAACUCUUUAACACACUCCCUCAGAAUCUUUAAACACACUUUAGCUCUGUCCUCCCUUCUCACUUGCUUUUGGGUAUGGUUACUUUUGAACUAUUUUUUCCAUGGUGAUCCAUGUAGGCAUAAUAAUCCAAAAUGAGGAACGUCUCUUCUGAUAAUAUGAUUCUGUUAUGAUCAAAGGGGAACUUCAGGUUCUCCAAAGGUUCUUCACAAUUGCACUUGUUAACUUGGUCACUUUGUGUGGGCAAUGAAGAAAGAACCCACACCUCUCUCUUCUUCUUCUUGGCAUAAUUUAGUGAGAUCAUUAGGGAAAGUUCUAAUGUGUUUUUCUCUACUUAAUUCAAGAGGAGGAAGGACCGAAGUAAAAUGGACACAAAUGUAUUCUGUCUUCUGAAUCAUAUUGGAUGUGUCAGUCAUAUUAAUGAGUGUAAAAGAUGACAACUAAAGUUCAAAAAUGAAUAAACCUGUUGAAACCUGACCAAA